GGUUGGUGAGUCGGUCGGGUCUUGUCCGAUAAGGCGGCACAAAAGCCAAAGGACCACUGCACCAGAUCAACGUUUUCUUCAUUCAGUCAUUUUCAUAUCUGCUUGUGUGCUCCGGCUACCAGGCUGCUGCAUCACGCAUGGCAGCUCCGACGGCGCAGCCGCCGCCAAGGACCGUCCUGCGGGUGGCGGCGAUCUCCGGCUCGCUGCGCAGGGCGUCGGCCAACACCGGCCUCAUCCGCGCCGCUGCGGAGAUUUGCAGGGAGUCCAUCCCGGGCCUGCAGGUCGACUACGUCGACAUCUCGGAGCUGCCGCUGCUCAACACCGACCUCGAGGCCGACGGCGGGUUCCCGCCGGCCAUCGAGGCGUUCCGCGACAGCGUCCGCCGGGCCGACUGCUUCCUCUUCGCCUCGCCCGAGUACAACUACUCCAUUUCAGGCCCUCUGAAGAACGCGCUGGACUGGGGAUCACGGCCGCCCAACUGCUGGGCCGACAGAGCCGCGGCGAUGCUGAGCGCGUCGGGCAGCACCGGCGGCAGCCGGUCGCAGUACCACAUCCGGCAGGUCGGGGUGUUUCUCGACAUCCACUUCAUCAACAAGCCGGAGGUCUUCACCAAGGCACACCUGCCCCCGAAAAAGUUCGACGCAGACGGCAACCUGAUCGACUCAGAGACCAAGGAGCAGGUCAGGAAGAUGCUCCUGUCGCUGCAAGCCUUCGCCCUCAGGCUCCAGGGCAAGUCUGCAGACUCUGUUUGAACAGGGGAACUGAUGCCUCCGUUCGUUUCUUCAGGCCAAUGCUAGUGCUCUGCUCAUUAAUUAGAUUGUAUGAGCAGAUCGUCACAAACUCCACAUGCCAAAUCCAUAUACUCCUUGAUGCUCCAUGAUAUUUGGAAUAAUUCUUCAUCUGCGACUGAACAUUUCGGUGGCACAUUACUGCAAAUCUAUUUUUAUUA